AUGCAUUCUGCAGUGAAAGAUGUUGUAGAAAACCAAAUGAUAUUGAUGAGUGCAUCCAAAAAGCAUGGUGUAAGCAAGUCAGCUCUACAGCGGAAAGUGAAAAAGUUUAAAUUAGCUAAUGAAGAACAUGAAGAAAAUACAAAUGAUUUUGAAUUCGGACGAAGCCAUGGUUUCAAACUCAUAUUUACCAGUGCCGAGGAGCAGCUAUUAAGCGAGUAUAUAAUUGAAGCUUGUGAAAUGUGCUACGGCUUAACAUUAUUGAAUACUCAUACCCCCGUGAAAGAUGCCAUAGAGGAACAACAUAAAGAAAGAUUGGCUAAAAAAGCACUUUCAGAAGAGAAAAAGCAGAAGGCUAAAAAAGUUAAACGUCAAGUUUUUAAUGACGACAUUAGUUCGAACAGUGAUGUUAGUGAAGAGAUUUGCAACGAUUCUAGCGAUUUAGAAAGCUUCACAUCAGAAUAUCAAGAUUUGUCUAUUCAAGAGCAGGAUUAUGUUAUAGUAAGAUACAUGACAAAAAAAACUGUUAAACAUUAUGUUGGUCAGGUUAUUAAGAUAAGUGGAGAUGAAUAUAACAUCUCCUUUAUGAAGAGAAUUGUGGCCGGCAAAUUUGUUUUCCCUGACAAACCCGAUGAAGAUACCUUAGUAGCAGAAGAUAUUUUACUAAAGCUGCCCCCUCCCACCAUUAGUGGAAAAAAUAAUCUCGACGAACAAAAUCGCAAACAACAACAUAGCCUUUUACCAGCAAAUAACCCCAAUAAUCGCAAGCAGCAAGUCUAUAAAGAACCAUCUACCUCAAAACAACAUCAUCAAUUAAUAUUAAUUAACCAAGAAAGUCAAGGUAUAACACGAAAUUUUGAGGAAAAGAGUGUUUCAAUUAAAAGUUCAAGGAAUCAUAAGAAAAACUUAAAAAAUGAGAACGAAAGCAAAAGUUUUACAGAAAGAAAACCAGUAAAUAAUGAAAAUCCCAAAAUUGAGAAUAUAUUUUUAUACAAAGAAGAAAUUAGUUUAAAUUUAGGUAACGAAGACGAAAGAAAUUUGAAAGAAAAUAAAAAUAAUUUAAUAGAAAGACCAACUAAAUUAGAAAGCAAAAUAUUAGAAAACAAUAUUGAAACUUAUAAGAAAAUGACAGCAAAUGAAGAGAGUUUAACAAAUAAUGAACAAGAAGAAAGGGAAAAUGAGAAUUUUAAAGCCAAAACUGAUGAUCUGACAAAAGAAAUAAAAUCAAAACAGAAAGUUUUUGAUGAAAGUUUAAGAAAUAAUAAAAAUAACUUUAAAAAGCUUCAAGAAACUCAUGAAAAAAAAGUGAAUAAGGCUAAAGAAAAAGCUGACAAGUUUAAAGAGAAAAUAGCAAGAGAACACAGUAAAAAUAACGAACUUGAAGUCAAAAUUAAAAAGCUAAAAGAAGAACUAUAUUAUUCUAAUAAAAGCCUAAAAAAGAAGAAUCACGAAAUAGCUGAAUUAGAUAAAGAAGUUAAACAGCAAAACAGAGAAAUAAAAUUUAAACAAAAAUUUGUUGAUAAAACAGAAAAUGCAAAUAUAUACUUGAAGAAACAAUAUGAAGGAAAACUCAAUGAAGUUGAAAUUGAUGCUGAAACAAUGAGAAAACACUUGAAAGAGCACUUAAAAGCAAAAUAUCUAAAAUUAAGAAGCAUAAAAAACUUUGAAAGUCAAAUAAGCAAACUUGAAAAUGCGAUUUCUAACAAACUAAAACAAGAAAACCAUAAGCAAACUGAAAAUUUAUCUGAACAAGCUAAUGGGAAAAUGAAAAAGAAUUCUGCACUAAACUUAGAUUUGCAAGAAUACGAAAAGAUUUUCAAAGAAUUGACGCAAAAAGUCGAAAAACAAAUUGGCUACUUGCAAACGCAAGACAUGCAAAAAAGGGAACUAAAUGCUCUAGGAAAGCAAAAUUUAACUCUAGAACGCAUAGAAGGCCAUAUUGACAAUAUUUGUGUCAGUUGCUCUGUGGUCAUAAACGAAGAGACGUCGCCGCUAUCUCCGGUAUCACCGGCAGAGUCAAUAGACGAUACGAAAACAGACGAACAUAAUGAGCGCGAAGUAUUAAAGACUUUUAUCAGUGUGUAUAGACAAAAUCCGAUACUUUGGAAUACGUCAUUGAAGGAGUAUUCCGACAGAGAUAAAAAAAAUAAGUGCUAUAAACAGCUAGUAGAAAUAUACCAGAAAAUUAAAAAACGGGCUACAAUUGAGGAUGUGAAAAAGAAAAUUAAUUCGUUGAGAACAAACUAUCGAAAAGACCUUAAAAAAAUCAAGGAUUCUCAGAGAACAGGAAGUUCCACUGAUGACAUUUAUGAGCCCACUUCAUGGAUAUUUUUGGAACUUCAAUUUUUAAACGUGGAAAAGCUAGAUAACACCAGAUCUACUGUGCCUGAAAAAAUUACGAAUAGGCAAAACUUUCCAGAAAAUAAUCUCGACGAACAAAAUCGCAAACAACAACAUAGCCUUUUACCAGCAAAUAACCCCAAUAAUCGCAAGCAGCAAGUCUAUAAAGAACCAUCUACCUCAAAACAACAUCAUCAAUUAAUAUUAAUUAACCAAGAAAGUCAAGGUAUAACACGAAAUUUUGAGGAAAAGAGUGUUUCAAUUAAAAGUUCAAGGAAUCAUAAGAAAAACUUAAAAAAUGAGAACGAAAGCAAAAGUUUUACAGAAAGAAAACCAGUAAAUAAUGAAAAUCCCAAAAUUGAGAAUAUAUUUUUAUACAAAGAAGAAAUUAGUUUAAAUUUAGGUAACGAAGACGAAAGAAAUUUGAAAGAAAAUAAAAAUAAUUUAAUAGAAAGACCAACUAAAUUAGAAAGCAAAAUAUUAGAAAACAAUAUUGAAACUUAUAAGAAAAUGACAGCAAAUGAAGAGAGUUUAACAAAUAAUGAACAAGAAGAAAGGGAAAAUGAGAAUUUUAAAGCCAAAACUGAUGAUCUGACAAAAGAAAUAAAAUCAAAACAGAAAGUUUUUGAUGAAAGUUUAAGAAAUAAUAAAAAUAACUUUAAAAAGCUUCAAGAAACUCAUGAAAAAAAAGUGAAUAAGGCUAAAGAAAAAGCUGACAAGUUUAAAGAGAAAAUAGCAAGAGAACACAGUAAAAAUAACGAACUUGAAGUCAAAAUUAAAAAGCUAAAAGAAGAACUAUAUUAUUCUAAUAAAAGCCUAAAAAAGAAGAAUCACGAAAUAGCUGAAUUAGAUAAAGAAGUUAAACAGCAAAACAGAGAAAUAAAAUUUAAACAAAAAUUUGUUGAUAAAACAGAAAAUGCAAAUAUAUACUUGAAGAAACAAUAUGAAGGAAAACUCAAUGAAGUUGAAAUUGAUGCUGAAACAAUGAGAAAACACUUGAAAGAGCACUUAAAAGCAAAAUAUCUAAAAUUAAGAAGCAUAAAAAACUUUGAAAGUCAAAUAAGCAAACUUGAAAAUGCGAUUUCUAACAAACUAAAACAAGAAAACCAUAAGCAAACUGAAAAUUUAUCUGAACAAGCUAAUGGGAAAAUGAAAAAGAAUUCUGCACUAAACUUAGAUUUGCAAGAAUACGAAAAGAUUUUCAAAGAAUUGACGCAAAAAGUCGAAAAACAAAUUGGCUACUUGCAAACGCAAGACAUGCAAAAAAGGGAACUAAAUGCUCUAGGAAAGCAAAAUUUAACUCUAGAACGCAUAGAAGUACAAAAGAUUGGAAUCCCAAAGGAUGAGAAGAGUUCCGAAAAGGAUGAAGAACAUUACAUCGCCCAAGUUUGGGCAAACAAAUUAAAGGCCUUGGAACCUAACCAAAAACUAUUUGCCGAAAAAGCCAUUAACGAUAUGUUGUUCGAAGCAAGAUUGGGUACUCUUCAGAGAGACUCCGUAAAAAUUAAUUCUUCACAUUAUAUGUCUCCAAUACGUGCCAUAUCGGCUCAAAGCUGGACACCGUCCACCAGCCACAGCAUGGGUUAUUCAACUGUUUCGACACCUCUACCAUCACCCCAAUAUCAAAAUCUUGAAGAUUCAGGAACACAACCACAGCAAACUUCUGAAUUCACACAGAAUCAGUCAUUACAAAAUUUUUAUAACACCUUUCGAAUUUAG